GAACCGGGUGCCGAAGGCGGAGCGCCUGGAGUCGCUGCGGGCGCACCUGGAGCACGGCCUGCAGGCGGCGCGCACGGAGGAGUGGCGGAGCAUACCGGUGGUGCCGUUGCUGCAGGAGCUGGAGCGGCAAGUGGAGGAAGCGAACCCAGAGGAGAGCGAGGAGCGCGUCUCCUUCCUCUGCCACCGCAGGCUGCGCAAGGUGGCCGUCGCGCUGGGACGCGGCUGGGAGCGGGAGCUGCUGGGCAUGGGUUCGGGUGAGCAAGUCCGGGAGGAGGAAGUCGACUGCGCGGCCAUCCUGGAGCGCCUGGAGACGCUGGGGCCCACCAAGCUGAGGCACUACACCCACAUCAAGCUCGGCGACUUCAACAGGGAGCAGCUCCUGGAGCAGGACUGGGGCGGCAAUCGGGGCGUCACGCUCGAGGAGUACGGGCAGGCUGCACGUGCGCAGAGCUCCACGGUCUGGCACCAGGAGGUCAUGGCCAGCACCAUCCAGGCGCAGGGGUGGACUUAG